UCCUAUCGAACCAUUAUAAUGCCUCGUGCUCAUCACAGUUUAUCACUGACAGGGGACAGUGAUAUACUGUAGAAGACAAAGCUACUGUAUAUUAAACGCACAGUCAAGCUAAAUACCCUAGUUCUAACGACGCUCCUCUUGGAACCGAACAUUCAGGGAACCGUUUUUUUCUUUUUUAAUGUUUAAUAUAAGUGGUGUGAGAAAUCAUUUUGCAAAUCGUUUUGCUAAAAAAAAGUCAGCCCAAACGGGUAACCAACCCACCACACCUCAACGCAAACACGUGACAGACCCUGUUUCAACCUGGCGUGCAGUUACAGUAGCUGAUUUACUAAGGAAAGCUACGAUGAGCACUCAUCUUGCUGUCGUGGUUGCUUUAAUUUUAGCCUCAGUUGAUGCCACUCACCAAGAUGUGGUAGGCGAACUGCUACUCGCGUUGGAAAAGGCUGCGGUCUUCUUUGAAAAGGAGUUCAGACACACUAAUCUGGACGGAGUCGUGGGAUUUCAAAUUCUGAAUGUGGAGGUGAAGGAAGCUUUGAGAAGAUGGCCCCACACAGACCCUGGGAACAUACAUCAGAUAUCCAGAGUGAAGCGGCUGGUGAAAAGACUGAAUUCCAUCAUUGCCCAAGCAGUCCUUAGAUUGCAGGAGAGCGAUCCUACAUAUUAUAGAGAAUUUGAGCCCAUUUUGGGAGCUGACUUUUGGACAGUCCCUCACAUGUGGAACACAUCAAACCCAGCUCUCGUCUACCCAGCAUUCAGAGAAGUGGAGUGCUUUGACGAGAAACUGAGUGACAAGUGUAUGACCCUUCUGCUGGGAACAGGGAAAUACAACGGGACUCCAUGCAUUGUCACUAAUUCCUGCAGGAACAUUAUGACGAGGUUCGGAUGCCCUGAUUACUCCCUGUCUCAUCAGCUGCUGUACUUCAUGUUCGGGGAAAUGAGAGGGUGUUAUAACAUACUGCAAGGGGAGCGCAGAGAGAGCCGAGCCAAUCUGACAGACCAUGAUUACAAGAUGAUUUUCUGCUCUAACAUGAUGAAGUGCAACGUUGAGUUUGAAAAUAAUGGUUUCCCAAUCCAGAGACGGGACAUCUUUAUGGAGAACAUAAUGCUAUGUGGAAUGGCAGGCUUCUCCGAUUUCUAUAAACCCAGCUGGCUGAGGCGCAUCCUGACAUGGCAAGACUCUGAUCUGGGUUGUUUUAGGAAAGAUGAGAAGGAACGCUCACAUGGACUGGAGAGAAACCUACUGGGGACCACGAAUUCUCACAAAAGAGUGAAGAGAAGAGAAAAAACAUUAAAAGAUGGUUGUUACAGCCACAUGACUGCAGUUGCAGUGAGUACCCUGGGAGGGUACAUGAACUUCUACCAAACGGAGCAGGACACUACUAAAAGACCACUGACUUAACUGUACAGUACAUGAAACUCAUCUGUAAGAUUCUUCCUUGAGCCACAACCGCCUGUGUGUCAUCUGCAAAAAUUAAAUGACCUCUGAAAAGAGAAAUAUCCUUACUGACCCUGUAUAAAAUAUGUAGCCCAAUAAUUAACAAUGAUAUUUAUAUGAAAAAUUAAAUAUUAAAAAGUGGUGUUUAAAAUGAA